AUGCAGAAAGAUAACAACAACAACAACAAUACAUCUGGUGAUGAUGAUCACUCUGUAGAUCGGGCCACUGGAGAUGGUAAUAAAUAUCCAAUUGUCAACAAUAAUAAUAAAAAAGCUUCCACUUCAGCAGGAGAAAAACUCUCACCGAUAUUAGGGGAAAUGGAAACAACUCCUCAUACAGCACCUUUUGAAAUGAAUGAAGAAUCCUCCACACCAACUGCAGAUGAGAAUAGAAAAAAGAAACGUAAUUGUAUUGUACAUGUGGGAUCUCUUAUAUUAGACACUAUUAUCCCAUACGGUGGAAUUCUCUCAUCAUCAUUUAAUUUGGCUUCUGCAACUUUAGGUGCUGGUAUUACUUCCCUACCCUCUGCUUUUAAUUUAAGUGGUAUUGUAAUGUCUAUAUUAUAUAUUGUGCUUAUUUCCAUGGCCACUGUGUACUCUAUGCAUUUAUUGGCUAAAGUGAUUCUAAAAACUGGAGUUCGUACAUAUGAAGAAGCGGCACGUAAAUUACUUGGUAGAGGUGCGGAUUACUUCUUAGCGGCAUUAGUCAUGUUUCUUUGUUUUGGUGGAUCCGUGGCUUAUAUUAUUGUAACGGGUGCGUUGUUAACACCUGUACUCACUAAUCCUUCAUCUCCAGCCUUUUUGCAAACAAAAUCUGGUAUUCGAUUAAUUACUUCACUUAUUUGGCUUUUCUUUAUAUUACCACUUGUGAUUAUGAAAAGAAUUAAUUCCUUACGGUAUUGUUCGGCUAUUGGGGUUUUAUGUAUUCUUUACUUUGUGUUGUGUGUUUGUAUACAUUCUGGACGUUAUGUACAUCAUAAUGGGGUAGCGAAAGAUUUGACGUUUGUGAAAACAGGAAAUGGGGCAUUAGAUGGUCUUUCACUUUUUAUGUUUUCAUUCAUUUGUCAAUUAAAUGCAUUUGAAAUAUUUCAUGAAAUGAAACGAAAAACUGUUUUUUAUUUUACCAUUUCUAGUACUAUUGGUGUGACUAUAUGUGCUGUACUUUAUUUCUUGGCAGGGUUAUUUGGUUAUUUAGAAUUUGGUUCUAAAGUAACCGAUUCCGUAUUAACAUUAUAUGAUCCUGUAAAAGAUCUCAUGAUGGCAGUGGCGUAUAUUGGUAUUAUAUUUAAAAUAUGUGUAGCCUUUGCGCUUCAUUUAAUUCCCAUGCGAGAUGCCAUUUAUCAUUGUCUUUCUUGGGAUGUGAAUACCCUUCCUUACUGGAAACAUGGUAUUAUUAUGACUAUUCCUGCCUUACUGGCUCUUAUUUGUGGUUUAUUUAUUCCUAAAGUAAAUACAGUUUUAGGGCUUCUCGGGGCAUUCUGUGGAGGAACGAUUGGGAUUAUUCUCCCACCAUUGUUUUUUAUGUACUCUGGUGGUUUCUCUGUUAAAGAGGUGGGGAUCUUUACAUAUUGUGCUACGUAUCUUAUCUUGUUCUUUGGGGUGAUUGCAGUUGUAUUCGGUACAGUAUCUACCGUUAGUGCUGCAGUGAAAUCCUCUUUUUAA